AUGAGUUGACAAAACCAUUUGAAAAUUAUAGGCAAGCGAUAGCUUAAAACGGAGGAAGUAUAUGCUCUCUCUUCUUUUAUUACAACUUAUAUUUCAAACAUAAUACCCCCACUCAAAAGUCAACGCCCCUGUCUAUUUCUCUCUCUCUGCUUGUGCUCAUUUCUCCCAUUUUCCUCUCCACUCUACAAUGAAUCUUUAGCCUUUUUUUAAGCAACUUCCCUUCUAACUAUUUCUAUUUUCAUAGUUUAUUUUUCAAUCUGUUUCCAUGGGAAACGGUGUAGGAAAGCUUAGUGUUUGUUUUACUAGCGGCGCCGCCGUGGAGAGUCGUCGCCGGAAGGAUUUUCCGGUGAUGAUAUCCGACCCACUUGAAGAUUUGGGUCAUUCAUUUUGCUACGUUCGACCCGAUCCGACCCGGAUUUCGUCCUCCAAAGUUCACUCAGAGGAGACCACAACUUUCCGGUCAAUCUCCGGCGCCUCCGUUAGCGCCAACACCUCUACGCCGCUGUCCACGGCGUUUGUCGAUCUGUAUUCGUAUAGCAGUAUUGAUAGGUCUUCGGCUUUUGAGGGGUCUACUUCUUUUGCUUCUAUACCACUUCAGCCAAUUCCGAGGAAUGCCUCAAUUCACUCCGGCCCGCUUUUCACUUCGGGCCUUAGUCAGGCUUCGGGCCCGAUGGAGCGCGGGUUUAUGUCCGGCCCGAUUGAGAGGGGAUUUCAAUCGGGCCCGCUUGAUCGUGGUCUUUAUUCGGGUCCUCUUGAAAGAGGCAGUUCUGAUCAGUUCCAUAGAAGCUAUUCACAUGGUUUUGCUCUUCGAUCCAGAUCAAGAAAAGGGUCGUUCUUUCGGGUUCUUCAAAGAGCUAUAUCGAAGACGUUGUCAAGAGGGCAAAAUUCCAUUGUUGCACCAAUUAAAGGGUCGAUUUCGGUUAAGGAAAGUGAUUGGGCUGUGGGUGCUGAAAAGCAGAAUGAAUUGACUAUCAGCAGUGUGAACUUCAGUAGUGAGUGCAGUUUGGAUGAUGAUGAUUCAUUGGAAAAUCAGAAUCUUCAAUGGGCUCAAGGGAAAGCUGGUGAAGAUCGUGUUCAUGUUGUUGUUUCUGAGGAACAUGGUUGGGUUUUUGUCGGGAUUUAUGAUGGAUUUAAUGGUCCUGAUGCACCUGAUUUCUUGGUAUCCAAUUUGUAUCCUGCUGUUCACAAAGAGCUCAAAGGAUUGUUAUGGGAUGACAAGUCAGAUUCGUCUAGUACUGAUAAUAACAACAGCAUCAAUUUGUCUGUUACAGUACCUGCUCCGAGUUUGGUAGUGGAAGAAUUCAGUCAGAAUCUCGAUGAUGAAUACUUGAGGGAUAGGAUUGUAGAUGGUUGUUCUAGAUGUGUUGAGCAAGAGAACUAUCCUUCAGCAAGGGAGGAUCUUUCCUCCGAUUUGCGGUUAAAGAAGAAGAGGGGGAAGGGUUCAAAGAACAGGUACAGAGGAGUAUCAAAGAAAUGGGAGGAGAAUCAAAGGAGAUGGCGAUGCGAAUGGGACAGGGAAAGGUUAGAACUUGACAGGAGAUUGAAGGAACAGCUGAAUAGAAAUGGUUCAAAUGGAUCAGGAUCAGUUAAUCAUGCAGAUGUAUUGAAAGCUCUUUCUCAAGCAUUGAAGAAAACAGAGGAGGCAUAUUUGGAUCUUGCUGAUAGGAUGAAUAUGGAGAAUCCUGAGCUGGCUUUGAUGGGUAGUUGUGUUCUUGUUAUGUUGAUGAAAGGAGAGGAUGUUUAUGUGAUGAAUGUAGGCGAUAGUCGAGCCGUGUUAGCUCAGAAGAAGGAGCCUAAUCUUUGGAGCCAAGAUUUGGAGAGGAUCAAUGAAGAAACUUUGAAAGAUCUUGAGCUUUUCGAUGGCGAUGAGUCGAAUUGUAUACCUAAUUUAACUGCUUUUCAGCUCAGUACAGAUCACAGCACCUCUGUGGAAGAGGAAGUUCAAAGAAUAAAAAGUGAACAUCCAGAUGAUGCAUGUGCCUUGAUGAAUGACCGGGUGAAAGGUUCUUUGAAGGUCACAAGGGCUUUUGGUGCUGGUUUCCUCAAACAGCCUAAAUGGAACGAUGCGCUGCUUGAGAUGUUCAGAAUCGAUUAUAUUGGAACUUCCCCCUACAUCAGUUGUCUUCCAUCUCUCCAUCAUCACAGGUUAGGGCCACGAGACAGGUUUUUAAUACUAUCUUCCGAUGGGCUGUAUCAGUACUUCACAAACGAAGAAGCUGUAUUAGAAGUCGAACAUUUCAUCUCAUGGUCACCAGAAGGAGAUCCAGCACAACACCUCAUUGAGACAGUAUUAUUUCGCGCUGCAAAAAAAGCAGGUAUGGAGUUUCAUGAGUUGCUUGAAAUACCACAAGGGGAUCGACGCCGGUACCAUGAUGAUGUUUCAAUAAUUGUUAUUUCUUUGGAGGGGAGAAUAUGGAGAUCCAGUGCAUAAGUAGGGAAAAAAAAGAGUUAUACUCCUAUUCGAAAAAAAUAAAAAUAAAAAAAUCAAAUCAAAUAUCCAAUUUUUGUUCUUUCCUAAAGUCACCAUUUUGUAAAUAGCAACUAAGCCCUGGAACCAGAGUUAGUUAGUUGUAAAAUGUACUGGGUGAUUAUGGGAUUGUAAAGGUGUUAGAUCAACUCCUUAUCAGUUUAUAAGUUGUCAUAUAAAGUGUAAUUUCGCUAAGAAAAAACUCUGUUAAAAAUAAUAGUUAUGUACACAGCGUCAUAUA